AUGCAUACAAUUCUUUUGCUUCAACCCACUUCUCGCGCCGACAGCCGAUCCUACUCAGAUUACGAAUCGUUAAAGGAGUGCUUGGAAGCCAUCUGCAAAAUCUACGAAGAGUUUCUGAGGAAACGAAACCCGGGUGAAAGAGUGAUCAAGUACGACAUUGAGCAACUCUACGACUUUCUCGACAAACUCACCGAUGUCGCCAUCCUUCAACUGAAUCCAGCGACGAAGAGCUAUGUGCCUCACAAUCGAGAAUGGAUGAAGGAGAAGAUCUUCUCGAUGCUCCGCUCACAGGCCGGCCAA